AUGGGAACGCGGCUCAGCGCCGUCGCCCCGCUCCAGCCCGAAGGACCUGGGACGGAGGGAGCCGCCUCCUCGCCCGCCGCCCGCCGCCCGCGCCCGCCCCGCCCUCAGAGUCCGCGGGCGGCGGCCGCGCCGGGGCGCCCGGCUGAGGACCAUGUGACCUUUGACGAUGUGGCCGUGUACUUCUCUCAGGAGGAGUGGGGGCUCCUGGAUGAGGCUCAGAGAUGCCUGUACCACAAUGUGAUGCUGGAGAACUUGGCCCUUGCAUCCUCUCUGGCCUUAUGGCUCCAGCACGAAAGGUCCUACAGCAAUCCUUUCACAAGAGAAGAAGAUUUCCAACACACCUUUGUGGUACCCCCUGUUCUUGUCUCCUUUCUUCGGCGAACCUCAGCCCUCAGUCAGCAUCGAAGAUUUCAUUGCGGGCCAAGGCAGUACAGGUGCGGCAACUGUGGGAAGUCCUUUCACCCAAAAUCUGUCCUCAUUUAUCCCUGGAGAAGUCACACUGGGAAAACAUGUGACUUGUGCCGUGAAUGUGCGCCAUCUUUUAGCCGGAGCUCCAUCCUCAUUCGACAACGGACAGUUCACUCUGGAGAAAGGCGUUAUGAGUGCACGCAAUGUCGGAAGUCCUUUAGAAGGAAGUUUUACCUCAUUCUGCAUUGGAGAGUUCACACUGGAGAAAGGUCCCAUGAGUGCCGUGAGUGUGGGAAAUCUUUCACCAGGAGGUCAGUCCUUACUCUGCACCGGAGAGUGCACACAGGAGAAAGGCCUUUUCAGUGCAGUAAAUGUAGGAGGUCCUUUACCAGUAGUUCCAUACUCAUUCUACACCAGAGAGUUCACACAGGAAAAAGGCCUUAUGAGUGCAGUGAAUGUUGGAAAUCCUUCAGCCAUCAAUCUUACCUCACUCAACACCAGAUAGUUCAUAGUGGAAGACGGUCUUAUGAGUGUAGUGAAUGUGGGAAAGCUUUUUCAUCUGCUUCCAUCCUUAGUAAUCAUCAGCGAGUACACAGAAAGGAAAGACCUCAUCAGUGCAGUGACUGUGGGAAGUCUUUUAUCCUAAGACAACAACUUCGUAUACACCAGAGGGUUCACACGGGAGAAAGGCCUUAUCGGUGUAGUGAAUGUGGGAAGUGUUUUAUUGCCAACCAUAUCUUUAACUAUCAUAAGAAAAUUCACACAGGAGAAAGGCCUUAUCAGUGCAGUGAAUGUGGGAAAUCUUUUAUUUCAAAGUCCAACCUCAUGCAACAUCAGAGGAUACACACAGGAGAAAGACCUUUUGCGUGCAGUGACUGUGGGAAAUGCUUUUUCCGAGGCCACCAACUUCGUACCCACAAGAGAGUUCACACAGGAGAGAGGCAUCAGUGCAAUGAAUGUGGGAAAUCUUUUUCGUCUGGUUUUAAUCUCAGAAAUCAUCAGAGAGAUCAUACAGGAGAAAAGCCUUAUGAGUGCACUCUCUGGAAACUACAUUACCCAGAAGACGUUGCGCUGAGUUGA